UGAACCUUUUGAUAUAGAGAAGGAAAACAAAGAACGGUAUCGUUUUACCUGAAUCGUAACUGAGAAUCUAACAUUGACAAAAAGGAUAUGACUGCUUUCUGCCUUACCAAAAUCUUCAUUUCUUCAUUUUUUUUAAUCCCUAAAUUGGCCUUUAUUAGGUGGGUAUAUUUUAGUGGGGAAUAAAUUUAACUGUUUUUUAUAGGAAUCAAUAACAGCACUGAUAGUAACUUCAGUAACCCACGCAAACUGGGAGUGAACAGAAAGCGUGGUUUUACUUCCUUUGACUGGAAAUCUUGCAGUUCUUCAGAAAUCAAGCAAACACUGGACUAUGACUAUACAUCCACAAUGGUUUUAUCAUGCUUAAUCGCUCUUACAGUUUUCCUCAUUUGGCCUCUGAAGCAUUCAGAAGCAGUGGAGUUGAAAGAAGUUAAACUUGGAGAGACGGUGACACUGAUUUGCAACCUGUCUGUGUACUCUGACAUCCACUGGCUGAAGAUGAGUGAGGGGCGGCCGAUGGCUCUGAUAGUCACAAGUCUUAAACAUAAUGGAGAACUAUCUGUUGUGUGGAAUUAUAAUGAAACUCAUUUUGAGGGUUUUAUGGAGAAGCAGACGACUGGCCUGAGAAUUCUCCACGUCUCCGACAGUGAUCUCGCCACAUACAACUGUGCAACUUUAUAUCAAAAACGCUUGGAUUUUGAUAAAGGAGUGCAACUAUACACAAACCAGCAAAGUAUAAACACGACCUUUGUUCAAGUACAAGGUCCUGAUGGUCUUUCUCUUCAUUACCAAGUAUUCGUAGCAGUGCUGUGUUUUGGCCUACUGGGAAUGUUAGUAUCUGUUUUAGUGGUCCAUAUGAAGACCAGGGCAAAAAACAAACCCUCCAGUAGGCAAGAGAGGUUGCAUCGUACAAGUAUUUAAAAACUUCGAUUUUACCUUUGUUUUUGGUGUUGUUAAAAAAAAUAUAUAAUAAAUAUAUAGGCUAAGAACCCUUUAAACUCAAGUUUGGCCGCUAUAACAGGUUGUUUUUAGACAUUCUUUGGAUGAAAGGAAAGGGAAUGAAAAUUUGGCUAUAUUAAAUAUGCACUUUAUUUUAUAAAAUGUUAGUAUUUUAGUUGUUAAAUGAUUAAAUGUUUAUGUAUGUUUUUAUUCAUUUGAUUAGUUUUGGAAAUAAAAAUCUACU